AUGCAGUUUGUCAACUUACCUCUGCAGCGAAAGUGACACGCAAACAAAUUCCCAACAGCUGUGUAACAGCUAGAAAGAAAAAACUGAGCAAUAAACUAAUUUUAAAGUAUAGAAAUAUAAAUAUGUCUGCUAUCGAUGAAUUGCAGGCGAAAAUCGCCGAACUAAAAGUCGAAUUGGAGCGGCAAAACAGUGUGACCAGAGCGGCGCGAGAGCGCAUUGAAAAAAUGUCUGCAGAGGUAGUGGACUCAAAUCCUUACAGUCGCCUUAUGGCACUCCAACGCAUGGGCAUUGUUAAAGAAUAUGAGCGAAUACGGGAAAAAACCGUGGCUGUAGUUGGCAUCGGUGGCGUCGGCAGCGUUACGGCUGAUAUGUUAACGAGAUGUGGCAUUGGUAAACUAAUACUUUUUGAUUACGACAAAGUUGAGUUGGCAAACAUGAAUCGGCUAUUCUUCACUCCUGAUCAAGCGGGUUUGUCAAAGGUAGAGGCCGCAGCUCGCACUUUAAGCUUCAUUAAUCCAGAUGUACACAUCGAGACGCACAACUAUAACAUAACUACAGUGGAGUCAUUCGAUAAGUUCUUGAAUACAAUUUCUCACGGUGGCAUACUGCCAAAUACGUCAGUUGACCUUGUCUUAAGUUGUGUAGACAAUUUUGAAGCUCGCAUGGCAAUCAACGCCGCUUGCAAUGAACUCGGCUUGAAUUGGUUCGAAUCAGGCGUUUCAGAGAAUGCUGUUUCAGGGCAUAUACAAUUUAUACGUCCCGGAGAAACUGCAUGUUUCGGUUGUGCUCCACCUCUAGUGGUAGCAGAAAAUAUAGACGAGAAAACUCUUAAACGUGAGGGAGUAUGUGCCGCUUCACUUCCCACCACAAUGGGAAUAACAGCAGGUAUUUUGGUUCAAAACACACUCAAGUAUUUGCUCAAUUUCGGUGAGGUAUCUGAUUAUUUGGGCUAUAAUGCAAUGAAUGAUUUCUUUCCGCGAAUGAGUUUGAAACCAAAUCCGCAAUGUGAUGACCGGCAUUGUCAAGAACGUCAAAAAGAAUAUCAAUCGUGUCCAAAAGCUGUCGUGGAAGAAAGUGUCGUAGAAGACGAUGCGCCACUGCAUGAAACAAAUGAGUGGGGUAUUGAGUUGGUGGAUGACUCGCCACCAGUGGCUCAAGCGACUGGAGGCUUAAACCCUACAGUGUCUGGUAGUGAUGUUGUAGCGGGUCUGCGUUUGGCUUAUGAAGCACCUGACAACACAGCAGCAGACUCAUCAACAGUUACUGGAACUACUAAUGUGGAUUUAGAUGAUUUGUUUGCGCAAAUGAAGGCAUUAUAAGACUAAGUGAUAAAACUUGAGAUACUAAAAUAUUCCAAUAAAUAAUAUUAUACAAUUUUUCAAUGCAUAAUUUGCUUUGUCGUAUUUAGUGAAUAUGAUCCAGAAAAAAGGAAAUUUGUUACUACAACUCUAUAAAGAGGACUUGAGUUACUAAUACUAUUUGAUCAUAUUUGGCUAUUAUAUUUUUGUUUAUUUGGUCUCUAUUAAUAUUUUAUAAAAACUUAACUCAUUAUACAACAAAAACCAGAUAAAUCGUUCCCAAACUUUUUACAAAAAUUGUGAAAACUGGAAAUUCUACAACCUUUCACCAAAUUUCAAGCUUUUUUGGUAUACAGUUUUAUAGCGCAAUCAAUUUUAAGCUAACAGAGUGCAAGUUGCGAGUGGCUACAAAAUACAGUGGGUUGUAAAAUAGCCCAAACUCUUCAAAGUGUUGCACAGCUAUUUUAUUGUCUAUGAGUGUAUAUUACUAAUACUUUAAUCAAAACUUUGUUACCAUUUUCUUGUACCUUCUGCAAGCUGCUACAACAACAAGAACCGGAUAUAUGUAUAUAUCGCACCCUAAAUACAAAAGGGUCACUACUCAAAAUGUACCUUCUGCUCAAAUAUGAACGAGACGUUAUCAAUAAAACGGUCCGCGGAUGACAUAUGGCAAAAAUAAGUUUUUUGUUUUUUGGUAGGACUGUUAUAAGCUUACAUGGCAAAUUUCAGCGUGAUAUGUCACAUAGUUUGUUUUCUGUGCUACUGUAAACAAGUCAAGCUCGAGUGUGGAAAAUUUUGAGUUGUGACCCUUUUGUAUUUAGGGUGCGAUAUGUUCUGUUUGCAGCAGGGAUGCCAGGCUGACGUUUUUAACAUCAUUUAGACGAUUUCGUAUACUGAUAACAUUUGGACGUUUUUUGGGUCGUAAAUUACGUUUUUACCUUCUUGGUAAUUUUUCUCAUUGUAUAAAAUAUUCAAACCAAUUGUAAGUAUAAAGCGAGCCUUCCAGAAUUAGACGUUUCCGAUUCUUUCAAGACUCCUUCCACAAGUAUUGCAUUUACUAAAUAGUUCCGCAAAUUUUGAUAGAUUUUUUUUCAAUGUUUCCAAGACAGUCGGUUCUACGUUACUGGAAUGGCCUGGAUUUACAUCCGAUCAAGCACUGUCACUCCAGCAGCAUUCCACAAUAAUUUAUAAGAAAUAUUUAUUUGCAACACAAUUUUUUGAAAAAUUAAU